AUGGACCAGGUGGAGCGCUUCAUCGAUGCACCUGGUGACCGGGAUGUCGCAGUGGCCGAGGUCUUCCCAGCAUCUCUGUUUCAGGAGCUGCUGAGUCUCAUGAAGGCUGAAGGCUGGCAAGGUCUUGAAAAGGUGACUGCGCUCUGGGAGUCCGACUUCUCAAAGAGGAAGAUCAUUUCCGGGGUACUCAAGGAGAAAGAGCUUGGUGCAAAGCGACUGUGCUCCAUGCCAGACCGGUUCACCAAUACCAUCAACAUCGCGUCAGGAGGCCCGGUGUUCAGACCGACUGUGAUCAACCACAGCACGAAUGUGCUCAGUUCGGUGGCUGCGUGGUGGCCGCAAUGGGUGGACUUCAUGUUCAAGGGGUCGCUAGAGAUGCGCACCGGCAACAACGGGAGCACGAAGAGGAUACGACCUUGCGAGAUGCUCAGCACCAUUAAGAAGGCCAAGUACCCUGCGAUCACGGAAGAGGAGGAGGCCAUAUCCGUCCCUCUUCAAUGCCUAUGCCUGGCAAUCUUCGAUGCGAUCCUCGUCCACAUGAUGCAGGUGUUGUCUCCGGAUGGCCACUGGCUACGGAUAAAGGAAUCCAUCUGCAAUGCAACCUUCCGUAAGAAGAGUGCCAUCACCACCAG